AGAAGUCAGACAUCAUCUUCCAAGGAGCUGCAGCAAUGAAGGCACUAGUGCUCGCCCUCUUCUUCCUCUUCAUUGCAGCCAAUGAAGCCAAAGUAUACUCCAAAUGUGAACUGGCUAGAAUUCUGAAACGAAAUGGCAUGGAUGGAUAUUACGGCUAUGCCUUGGGCAACUGGAUCUGUAUGGCUUAUUAUCAGAGUAGAUACAACAGCCGAUUUGUGGGGCCUCGAACCUCAGAUGGCAAUCGCGAAUAUGGGAUUUUCCAGAUAAGCAGCCGUUGGUGGUGCAACAAUUACCAGGGUCCCACAGCCAAUGGCUGCAAUACGCCUUGCAGUGCUUUCCUAACUGAUAACAUCACAGCUGAUAUUGCUUGUGCUAAGAGAAUUGUGCGUGAUCCCCUAAGGAUGAAUGCCUGGGCUGGCUGGAAAAAGCACUGCAAAGGAACAAAUCUGUCAAAAUGGACCAGUGGUUGUCGACUCUGAGAUUGAUGAUCCUGCAUUUCUCUUCCUCCUCCUGUGAUGAAAAUGAUAUUAUUUCUUAUAUAACCACACUGAACAGUUUAAUUCUAUGCCUGCAUUCUACAUAUUGGGAAGAAUGAGUUUGUUUGCACACAAACAAUGAUUUUUAAAUGGUUUCUGGGUGGAAAAGAGGGAAAGACCUUGCUUUUUAAAAUCUUCAAAAAUUGCUUCAAUAAAAAGAGCAUUGUGCAUUA